CAUCUCCAUUGCACCAGGUACUGUGUCUCCGGCAGUGUUAGUUCUUGUUUUGCAUAAUAAAAGCUUGCGCGUGCGUGUGUGUGUGUGUGCGCUCGUUGCCCCUGUGGGACCAGUUCUAAAGUGGUUUGCUGUUGAAUCCACACAGAUACGGCUUGCAGGUCAUGGAGAAGGUUCUCAAGAUGGCCGAAGGCAUCGAUAUCGGGGAAAUGAGGACGUAUGAGUUGGUCCCUAGCAGGAAGCUAAAAAGAUACCGCUCUCCAUCUGACAGUCCAGAGCUGGAAGAGAUUCCUGAGCCGCCCAAAAAGGUGGUCCCCAGGUUCCGGGUGCGACCACGUUUUGAACCCAUACACUUUGUCACCAGUGCUGAGAAGGAUGACAAGAAGGAAGAUUCUUUGGAUAUCCAAAUGCAGGAGGUGAACCAGGAGGCAAAUACAAACAGCAUAGAGCAGCCAGCUGAAAACUGUACAAAUUCUUUUGCGAGCGCAUGGGAGGUGGAUCCCCAACUCUCCAACUCAGCUGGGCUUGGCUUUGCAAGCCAGGCGGCAGCAGCCAAGAAUAGCAUGGACUCUACCACAAGCAGCGUGUUGCAGGUUUCUGUUUCUCCUUCAACUGUCCAGUCUGCAUCAGAGACUUUCCCUCCGUCAGCUAUAGUGCUGAAGCAGAGUUUUAUCGAGAAACUGUCAGCAGCUGUCUGGAAAAACCUUGCUAACCCAGAUGCAAACACUGGGACUGAUAAAAUUAACUAUACCUAUCUUUUGACACGUUCAAUUCAGGCGUGCAAGACAAAUCCUGAAUAUAUUUAUGUUCCCCUGAAAGAAAUCGCCCCUGCUGACCUCCCCAAGAGCAAGAAGCUCCUAACAGAUGGCUUCGCUUGUGAAGUGCGAUGUCAGAACGUCUACCUGACCACUGGUUACGCUGGCAGCAAAAAUGGAUCCAGGGAUCGAGCCGCGGAGCUGGCAGUCAAGCUGCUGAAGAAGUCUGUGGAAGUUAGAGUUGUUCAGCGGAAGUUCAAGCACACCUAUCACGAAGACUUGGUGGUGUGCGAGGCAGGCGUGAGUCGCCCAGACUUCCCUCCUGCUCUCAAACCUCACGAGGAGUUUGUAGUUGCCAACAGGGACUGUGUCCCGAUGCAGCCUGGUACUGAAGCCGUGAAAGGUUCCACUAAUACCAACAAACACUGGACUAGUUUCGUCCUCACAGAGAAUGCCAGCGACGCAAUAGGAAUACUUAACAAUUCUGCCUCAUAUAACAAAAUGUCUAUUGAAUAUAAAUAUGAAUUAAUGCCCAACCGCUCCUGGCGUUGUCAAGUGUAUCUACAAGAUCACUGCCUAGCUGAGGGAUUUGGUACUAAAAAGACCAGCAAGCACGCAGCGGCUGAGGAGGCGCUGAAAAUUCUGCAGAAGAUGCAGUCAAAUAUAGCGGCCAUCAAAGUGACCCAGGUUCAGAAAGUGGGCUGCUCAUCGCGGGGCUCCGGAAGGAAGAAGGACCUGAAGGACCUCGUGAUUUAUGAGAACUCCAGUAACCCAGUGUGUACGCUGAAUGACACCGCCCAGUUCAACAAGAUGACGGUGGAGUAUGUCUUUGAAAGGAUGACUGGCAUGCGAUGGAAAUGCAAGGUGCUGCUUGAAGAUGAAUUCAUUGCAGAAGCAGUUGGAGUGAAGAAAUCUGUCAAGCAUGAGGCAGCAGAGGAAGCCGUGAAAAUCCUCAAAAAGACUCAGCCAACUGUUGUUAAUAACCUGAAGAAAGGCACCGUCGAAGACGUCAUCUCCAGGAAUGAGAUUCGGGGUCGAUCAGCAGAAGAGGCUUUCAAGCAGAAGAUCAAAGAAGACAACAUCGGGAAUCAAAUUUUAAGAAAGAUGGGCUGGACAGGCGGUGGCCUAGGGANNGAUGGUGAAGGAAUUAGAGAGCCAAUUUCAGUGAAGGAGCAGUUUAAAAGGGAGGGACUUGGGCUUGAUGUAGAAAGGGUGAAUAAAAUCGCAAAGAGAGAUAUUGAAGAGAUCAUUCGAAACUAUGCACGCUCAGAAAGUCACAUUGACUUGACUUUCUCUAGAGAACUGACCAUGGAUGAGCGGAAGCAGAUACAUCAGAUCGCCCAAAAAUAUGGUCUUAAAAGUAAAUCCCACGGGCAGGGGCACAACAGAUACUUGGUGGUGAGCAGGAAGCGGCGCAAGGAAGAUCUGUUAGACCAGCUGAAGCAAGAAGGCCAGGUCGGGCAUUACGAGCUUAUUAUGCCUCAAGCAAACUGAGGAUUUCUACCUUGCGGCUCCCGUACUGGCGUUACUGAGCACACCUCAGUCAUCCGUGCGUCGCACUGAGGUAAUUCCAGUGCCUUCGUUACCUUGGCGCGCUGCCUGGCGUGUGCAAAUACCGCGGCGCCGUGUGACACACAGAAGCUGGAGCUCUCAGUGCUGAGGAGAGGGUGACUGACCUCUACCGACGGAGCAGAAUGUCCGGGUGAUGCACAGUUGGUGGCAUUUUCAUCCCUGCCGUGUGAAAAGGAAGGGGCUACCCUCAGGUAAGGACCCGCUCAGGAAGGAGCGAGCGAGGGCGCGUUCCCUCCUCUCCUUGCCUGGGUGGCCGCAGCACAGCUUCUGCUAGCCUGGACUGCGCAAAUCGAACCGUGCUGCUCCUGCCUUUGUGGAAACAGCAUCUGGCAGUUAAUUGCAGUUAAUUCUGAAAGUACGUUGGGUUUGUUGUUUUGGGGGGGGUGUGUGUGUUUGUGUGCAUUAUUCCUUCUUGCUCUGCUUCCAAAUUCUGCUCUGAGGAGUGCAGGGCUCUGGCAGAUGGUGACGUAGGAGUGGAAGGAGCCUGGUUCUCUCUCAGCAGAUAUUCCUGCAAGCAGGAGUGCAGCCCGCCCCCCAGCCUGGCUGUACAGCAGAUCUUAAAGGCUUGGUGAUGCUGAGAAAAGCAGCAAGAACACCCCUGCAGUAUUUGGGAUGAAAAAAAUGCCUCUUUUGGGGAUGGGAGGCUGGCUAAACGCAGCAGUACCCCAACAGGGGUAGCCUCCAGUGCGGGUCUGUGCAGGGCAUUGCUUUUCCUGGCCUGGGUAGCGGCUGUGACUCUGGGCCACCCACCCGCCCUCGCCGCGUGCGGUAGCGCUGUGCAGGACCCGGCCGUCGCCUCCUGUGCAGCAAGCGGCUGUAGGUGUGGGGCGCUGGGUGUUGCCAGAGGGGUGCCAGCCUCGCCAGCCCCAGCGCAUUUAUGUGGCCGUCAGCUUUCUGGAGCACCAGUACGUGGAUUAAAACAAGACAAUACAAAAAUGGAGGGACUGCUAGGAUGAGGGCAUCUGUGACAUCAGAGUGACUUGGACCACGCAGGAAGGGUUCUGCUUGCAAUAGCCUGCAGAAAUCAUCACAGCUGGUACAGGGGCAAUGGUUGGGCAUCGUGGGUGCCACCGAGGUGCUCAUUGCUUGACUGGCUCUGACUUGGCAAAGCCUGGCGCAGGGAAUGCUGAAGAAACAAAUGUGACUGAUUGAUUGAUUACUCACGGCAGAGUCCUGCUGUCCUGCCUGCGCCACGCACGCCUGAGGGACUGCCCAGUGCCGCUGCUGAGACACCCUGCCCUUUAGGAAAACGAGCCAGCGUAACUUGGGUAGGACUGUGAUGCCAAAAGGCCUGGUCGGGGGUACGAGCUGUUGUCACAGCAGAGUUCUUUUUACCUGUAUGGAUGUUAAGAUGGAGGAGACAUCGUAAGUAGGACUCCAACGAUUCUGAAGAAUAUCCAGACA